AUGUUCUACAGUCACGAAGUGCUCACGUCGCGCAAAUACGGCGUGGCGACCGUGUGGUUGGUGGCGACAUUGGGUUCAAAGUCCGGCCUGAAGCGCAUCAACCGCAAGCAAAUCCUCGAAGUCGAUGUAUCCAAAGCAUGCCAGACCAUUGUCGAUCCUGUGGCGCCUAUGGCUUUGCGUCUGCAAGGCAAUCUGUUGUAUGGUGUAUCGCAAGUGUACUUAAAACAGUGUGGAUAUGUCCUUUCGGAUGCAGAGGAUGCGCACAACACCUUGCGGACUAUGCUUCGAACAGUGAAGAAUACCGCACUUGAUCCAGAUGCUGGCAAAGCUAGACCCGAGCGACUCAUCUUCGAGGAUGAUCCGUCUUUUCUUCCCGAGUUCGCGCUCUCUCCCCCGGAGUUGCUCUCAGAGCUGGGCCACAAUUUCAACCUUGACAUCACACGCUCCGGCGACUCUCAAUCGCUGACUCCUUUCGGCUCCCAGCGAUUACUGUCCUCCCAUGCCGAUGCUUUUGGCGGACUCAUCUUGCCUACGUCGUCUCCUGUUACGGCAGGCGAGUUCAGGCUCGAAGGCGACGAUGUAGCAGGCAUUGCCGGCGCACCAAGUGGUAUGUCGGGUGCUGGGGAUAUAGCCGAAAUUGAAGACCCAGACUUCAUGUUCGGAGACAACGGCGAGGUCAUCCAGUUCUCAGCGCAGCGUUCGGUGGCUAGAACGCCAAUCAGAAUCCCAGCUGGGACGAUGUCUGGCGAUGUUAAAGCGAGCGCGCGCAUUCGGAAAGAACACGAGGAAGGACUGCAAGCUGGCAAUCAAUUUCCUGGCGAUCAAGUUGAUAUGGACUUUCCAAUCUGUGGCGACGAUCCCGCUGGAGGCGAGGCAUUCUCAUCAGGCGGCCAGCAACAGUCCAGUGAGCAUUCAGAAGUUGUCGAAUCUUCCGACACGUUCGCUGCGCCCAUGCACCGACGUCGGGCACCACGCACUCUGCCUACCGACUCAGCCAUUGAGCUUCGUAAUAAGGAGUUGGCGGAUUGGACAAAGAAUUAUCGUCAGAACAUGAAGGCUGCUGCUCGAAAGAAGAUCCAGAUCCGUGUUGCUGGCCAAGCUAGGAAGAAUGCUGAGCACUACGUGUGGGGCUCUGGUAUCGGUGAUAUUGGUCAACGCAUUCUCAGCGGUCAAGGUUCUAGUCCGUUCGACAUGUUCAUCGGGGACAACCUGUUUGAGACUAUCACAGGCUUAAGUCGCAACAAUCCAACUAGAGCAAAGCACGACCGCGACAGUGGUAUCGAUGAUGCGACUCAAGAAGAAUCUCGUCGCGUGCGCCAGAAAACCGGCGAACCUGAGGUUGGUCGUUCAGCUGACGACGAGGAUCUUCCCAUGCUGGGCGAUGAUGACAUCGCAAUCGAACUGCCUCGCGAAGGUGUUUCCGCUCUUGAUGACCAGCAGAUCUUCUCUGCGAUGCCAUGGAACAUCAGUGCUUCCAACCGGGGCUCUUCAGCUAUUCCUCGAAGCGGGCGCGUGGGUAUGAUGGGUUCCACUGAUCAUUCUAGACCUGGAAGCCGCCUUGUCUCUGCUUCUCCUCUACAUGGUCGUGGACAGCCUAUUGCGCUUGAGGGACUGAAGAACUUCACGAGUGAUGUCGACUACGGCGGUGAUGAAUUUGGCCUAUCGGGUCCCAGCUCAGAUGAUCCUGAGCUAGUAGUUCAAGAACCGUCCGCACGCGUCCGCGAAGCUCUAUCGACAGAAGGCGAGAACUUCAUUACCUUCAUGAAUGAACGCAUCGUCGAGAAGCGCGAGCGGGCUCAAGCAGAUCUACAACAUAUGUCCGAUGUGCUCCAACCGGAAGCUGCUGCUGACAUUGAAGAAAUCGCCUUUGAGGAGCUCCUUCCGCCCACUGAGAACACCAAGGUGAUCGCUUGUCAGGGCUUCAUGAUGGUACUUGGGCUCGGCUCCAAGGGCAUGCUCGACGUUCAGCAGCCUCGACAUCUAGGAAUGAUCAGCCUCAAGCUCACUGAAAAAGCUAAGGCGAUGCAUGCCGUCAAUAUCAGCGACGGUGAAGAGUCUGAUGGCGAUGAUAUUGAAGCGGAUGACGGCAUCACUAAAGGCGAUAGGGCAGUCGAUCCACAAGGCAUCGCAGAACAGCUGGGGGCGCAAGACCAAGAGACACAAGAGCACGACGCCGUAGACGGACAAGAGGGCCAGUUCCAGGAGCAGUUCGCCGCUGGUCACGCUGCUCAGGAGGAUGACCACGACUCGCUGUACGACGACUAA